GCCGCGGCGCGAGGAAGUCUAGGCUAGGGUUUCGCGGCACCCGGCUCGAACGAGGCGAGGUGAUCCAUCCCGUCUCCGACGACGCGCUGGUCCUGCGUAAAGCCAGCCCCCCGGGCUAAUUGGCCGCCAGUUGUCCGACGGAAGUUGAGCCCCGCGAUGCCGAGCGGAGGGAGGCGGCUGCCGCCGUGGACGUCUCCGAGGGGCGCGGGGGCGCCGCCGGGGUGGAGCCCCGGCACCUCCACCCCCGCGGGCGUCUCGGGCUCGGGCUGCGGCACGCCGCCUGUGAGCGCGGGCUGCUUCGGCACGCGCGUGACGCCGCCGUCGACACAUGGAACUGGGGACUGUUACCAUGAAAUGUUAAUUGAAAAGGACCCAAACAAGGCAGUUCCAUUGUUCUGGGCUGCUAUAAACAGUGGUGACCGAAUUGAGAGUGCAUUGAAGGAUAUGGCCAAUGUACUGAAACAAGCAAAUCGGGCUGAAGAGGUCAUUGAGGCAAUAAGAUCCUUCCAUGAUCGUUGUCCCUAUGAAGCUCAGGAGUCUCUUGACAAUAUUCUUCUUGACCUGUACAAGAAAUGUGGUAGGACAGAAGAGCAGAUUGAGAUGCUGACGACGAAGCUCAGAAUUGUUGAUGAGGAGCUAGCUUCUGGCCGGUGGAAAACAAAACUAUCUAAAUCUCAUGGAAGAGUAGUCUAUCUCUCUCUCAGGGAUGAAAAAGCAAGGUUGUUGGGGAACCUUGCAUGGCCUUAUAUGCAGUCUGAAAAUUAUGAGGAAGCAGAAAUGCUCUACAGGCAAGCUCUUGCUAUAGAAGCUGACUACAACAAAGAGUGUAACUUAGCCAUCUGCUUGAUGAAGACUGGGAAGUUGGCUGAAGCUAAGUACCUUCUCCAAACUAUACCUUUCAACUGCGAUGAUGAAAGUCAUGUGAAGUCUCUUUCCCGGGCAACUGAAAUGCUUAAGGAAUUUGAGUCGCAAUCACUCCCUUCUCCUAUAACUCAGAUGAAAUCCAAAGAAUCACGGAUUUCACUUGCUGUUGAUGUCGGAAAGCUUGAAGAUCUACAUCCACAAAUACUAUAUAGUCCUUUGAGUCAACUGAAAUAUAAAGAACCACGUAUUUCAGUUUCUGCAGAUGCAGAGAAGCGUGAGGGCUGCAAUUCAUGGGCGCUUCCAUCUCCCAUAACUCAGUUGAAGCGUGAAGAACCACAGAUCUUGGUUACUUCAGGUGGAGAGAAGAAUGAAGAAUUUGUGGAGUACCAAGAUCUGUCUCGACUGUUCAAUGAUGCUGCUACACCUCAAUCGGCACUUGAGAAGCUACGUAAGCGGCUGGUUAAAGGGGAGACAGCAAAAAUCAACAUACAACAUCAAGUUCAGACACCUACUUCAUCUGAAUGCUUGCCAAAUUCUAAUGGCACCAAAUAUGCUACUGAGAAUCCUAUGCAAGGGGCAAAGGUUUUGGUUACUAGUGUUAGAAAAACAUGGGCUGACAUGGUUGAUGAGGAUGAGCAGCAAUUGGGUGAUGAAAAACCAUGGGCUGACACGGUGGGUGAGGAUGAACUAGGUGAUGGCAAGUCAACGCUUGGUGUGGUAACUACCGAGCAAAAUAAAAACAGUAAGCAUGCAAUCAAGAAGGAGUAUAGAACACCAUCAUCCUCUCACGGAAGCAGCACCCUCCAUAGACCAACCGUGGGUGGUCACCUACACAGUUCUUCAGCAGGUUCCUGGAGACACAGUGACUCCAAAAUCUCCAAGGAUAAGAACGUGAACUGGGAGCUUGUCAGGACUGCACCAACAUGGAGGCACCAUAAGGUACAAGAUAACAACAAUCUAAUUUGCCAUAAGCCUAACACAAAUAAUCUCAACGAGAAAGCUUCAGGCACCAAGCAAGCACCAUGGAGAAGCAGCGCAUCUCAGCGUGCGCUUUUUCCAGACUGCAAAUCGAAGUGUGACGGAUAUGGCCAUGGUUAUGUGCCAUUUGGUGAUAAUGAACACUCUCGGUAUUCCAGUCACACUGAAGCCACUUAUUGCAGGCAUAAUAAUGCAUCAAAUACGGGAUCAUGGAGGCCACAGAACCGUCUGCGUGUCUUCCAGGAAAUCACAAACGAGAUCAAGCAAAAUGUUGCAUAACUAUAUCUGUGUUCCUCACUCUUGAUGGAUGUUCGUUCCAGUAGCAGGUUGUUUGCACUACGGAUUAGAUUGGUGAAAUACUUUUUUUUUUCUGCUGGUUCUUUUUUUUUUUAAGAUUCAGCAGAUGUAGAGAAACCUCUCUGAAUAUUGUCACGGUCCAUCAUUCAUACUCCUAGCAAGUCGAUGAAUCAUACCGUCUGCAGGUCCAAGUAGAUCAUCAUAGCUGUACAUAUUUUCCU